GGGCUCUCGGGGUCCGGGCGGAGAAGGAAGCACCUGCAGCGGGGAAGGGGGCGUCGCCCUUGGGAAAUCCCCUCUUUCCGCCGUCCCUGAGAGAGGCUUAACGCCCGCGCUCUUUACAGCGGGGCGGAAUGCGGGAGGCUCGAGGGGGAGAGAUCCGAGGUCUGGUCGUGGGCUUAAAAUGGAGGGUGAUGGUCUGAGCCCCCAGAAGGGAAUCGGGCCGCGGGUGGGAUUUGCCUCAGGCUCUUCAGUCUCCCCCAACCCUGGAGCAGCUGGGUGGAAAAGGAGGAGGAAGUUUAAUCCUCGCAUCCCGUUCUUUUCCCGACCAAAUGUUCAAACUGCUGAAUCAUUUGGUUCGAGGACAGUUGCUUUGCCCUGUUUUUUUCCUUUGCCCCCGUUAUUGAAUCGGGAGUAUCUCGGAGGACUCAGAGGCAAAAGGGGGCAAUCUUGCAGCCACUUGCCAGCUUUGAUAGCCAUCCUUGAAACCUUCCACCCCCACGACCCAGGAAAGGCUAACUAUCCAGUGUCUAGGGAUGCCCCCAAGUUAUGUAUGCAGUUUCCCUCCGCUGCCUGCCCCCAACUUAAACUCAUUCUGGAAGUCAAGAAAAUCUGCCAGCAAGUUUCUUGAAGACUGCAUGGUGCAACGAUGCACAGUUGCAUUCCUUGUGGUGGGCAACUCGUUGCUGUCCUUGAUUGCCCUGCUGUGAAUCUGUAUUUUGAGAUCCAGGAUUACUUUUCUCGAUGAUGAUCUGGCACUUAUCCUCUCCUGGUGCCACUUUCCUAGUUUCUGCAUGCUGAACAAAUAAGUGCUGAGGAAUGGGAGCUCUUCUGUUGUCUUUCAGGGCAUGGAGCUUGUUUAAAGAUGCAGCUGUGAUCCUCGGCUGUGUGUCUCAUUGAAGAGACCUGAUGUUUUACAUUAUUGGUGGGAUCACAGUAUCUGUGGUAGCUUUCUUUUUCACCAUUAAGUUCCUAUUUGAGCUUGCCGCACGUGUAGUCAGCUUCCUCCAGAAUGAGGACCGGGAGCGCCGAGGGGAGCGAACCAUUUAUGACUACGUGCGAGGCAACUAUCUGGAUCCCCGCUCUUGCAAAGUCUUCUGGGAUUGGAAGGACCCCUAUGAGGUGGGCCACAGCAUGGCCUUCCGAGUGCAUUUGUUUUAUAAGAAUGGCCAGCCCUUCCCUGCCCAUCGCCCUGUGGGGCUGCGAGUUCACAUCUGCCACAUUGAGCUAGCAAUGGAUAUUCCUGUGACCCAGGAAGUACUUCAGGAGCCCAGCUCCAAUGUGGUGAAGGUGGCAUUCACUGUGCGUAAGGCUGGGCGCUAUGAGAUCAGCAUCAAACUUGGAGGCUUGAAUGUGGCAUAUAGUCCAUACUACAAAGUCUUUCAGCCAGGGAUGGUGGUUCCCUCCAAAACCAAAAUUGUUUGCCACUUCUCCACUCUGGUGUUGACUUGUGGGCAGCCACACACUUUGCAGAUCAUCCCCAGGGAUGAGUAUGAUAAUCCUACAAGUAACUCAGUAUCGCUGGUAGAUGAGCACAAUUACAGCCUCUCCAUCCACGAGCUUGGUCCCCAAGAAGAGGAGCCUUCUGAUGUUUUGUUUGACAAGUCUGUGGUGUCCAAUAGACAGACUUGUCAGGUUUUCCUGAGACUCACUCUACUUUGUAGGGGGUGUUUCCGUGCCUGCAUUUCCUACCAAAACCAGCCUAUUAGCAAUGGGGAGUUUGACAUCAUUGUUCUUAGUGAGAAUGAGAAGAAUAUUGUAGAGCGAAAUGUUUCUACCUCAGGGGUCAGUAUUUACUUCGAGGCCUAUCUUUACAAUGCUAAUAGCUAUGCCAACACCCAAUGGCAUCUUCCACCCCUGCAUUUGGGUUCUUCUCAGCGCCGACCUUCCACUGCUACUGAAGAUGAGGAUGAAGACUCUCCCUCUGACAGCCAGACCCCUGAGAAAGUGAAGAAACCAAAAAAGGUGUAUUGCUAUGUUUCACCCAAGCAAUUUUCGGUGAAGGAGUUCUACUUGAAGAUCAUUCCUUGGCGCCUCUUUACCUUCAGAGUAUGUCCUGGCACCAAGUUUUCUUACCAUGGGCCUGACCCUGUGCACAAGCUGUUGACAUUGGUGGUGGAUGAUGGGAUCCAGCCUCCCGUGGAGCUCAGUUGCAAGGAGAGGAACAUCUUGGCAGCCACUUUCAUUCGCUCCCUGCAUAAAAAUAUAGGAGGCUCAGAGACUUUUCAAGACAAAGUGAACUUCUUCCAGAGGGAGCUGCGUCAGGUGCACAUGAAGAGACCCCACUCCAAAGUUACUCUGAAAGUCAGUCGCCACAACCUUUUGGAAUCUUCUCUGAAAGCAACACGGAAUUUUUCUGUUUCUGACUGGAGCAAAAACUUUGAAGUGAUUUUCCAGGAUGAAGAAGCCUUGGACUGGGGAGGUCCUCGCAGAGAGUGGUUUGAAUUGAUCUGCAAAGCUUUAUUUGACACUACUAAUCAACUUUUUAAUCGCUUCAGUGACAACAACCAAGCAUUAGUACAUCCCAACCCCAACCGACCUUCCCAUCUGCGUCUGAAGGUAUAUGAAUUUGCAGGGCGCUUGGUUGGAAAGUGUCUCUAUGAGUCAUCUUUGGGAGGGUCUUACAAGCAGUUGGUGAGAGCUCGUUUCACUCGAUCGUUCUUGGCUCAGAUUAUAGGACUACGGAUGCAUUAUAAGUACUUUGAGACAGAUGACCCAGAGUUCUAUAAAUCUAAAGUUUGCUUCAUCCUGAACAAUGAUGUGAGUGAGAUGGAGAUAGUUUUUGCUGAGGAAAAAUAUAGCAAACUGGGGCAGCUUGAAAAGGUGAUUGAGCUGGUAACUGGUGGUGCUCAAGUGGCAGUAACAAAUGAGAAUAAAAUUUUCUACCUGAAUCUUCUUGCACAGUACAGACUGGCCAAUCAAGUGAGAGAGGAAGUAGAUCACUUCUUGAAAGGACUUAAUGAGCUGGUUCCUGAAAACCUCCUUGCUAUUUUUGAUGAAAAUGAACUUGAGUUGCUCAUGUGUGGUACUGGAGACAUCAGUGUCUGUGAUUUCAAAGCACAUGCUGUGGUAGUGGGCGGUUCUUGGCACUUCAGGGAGAAGGUUAUGCGGUGGUUUUGGACAGUGGUUUCCAGCUUCACGCAGGAGGAGCUGGCCAGGCUGUUGCAGUUCACCACUGGCUCUUCUCAGCUGCCUCCUGGAGGAUUUGCUGCACUCUGUCCAUCUUUCCAGAUCAUUGCAGCUCCGACGCACAGUACACUGCCAACAGCCCAUACGUGUUUUAACCAGCUGUGCCUCCCCACGUACGAUUCCUAUGAAGAGGUCCACAAGAUGCUGCAGCUGGCCAUCAGUGAAGGCUGUGAGGGGUUUGGCAUGCUCUGACGCCCUCAGGAGGAACCCAUCUAGCUUCCUUGGUUGCUUCAGGGCAAGGCCCAGUCUCUCUUCCCAGCUUUGUUCUCAUGCCCUUCCGAAGGGCAAUGGAGAAAGAGCAGGAGCACCACACAGACAGGAAUGUCAGUCCACAAUUUCACAUGGAAACCUCCCCAGGUCUCAAGUAUGUCAUUGGGAGCACAACUUGCCCCUUCCCGCUUCCCAGCUCAUUUCAGUUUGGUUCAUAGAAUGAAGUGGGGUGCAACUCUUGAGGUGAUGUGGUACUUUCAUUUCCUAGGGCAUGCUGUGUCUGGUUUUCUGACAUAUCAAGCCCAUACACGAAAUUUGCAAUUGGUACAGGCAAAGAUUUUUAACUGUAACUUUCUGGUUGCUUUGGACAUGAAUGGACUAUAAUGGAGCUCUAAAUCCCCAGAUUAUGGGAAGCCUUAAUACCUUUCCAUGCCUUGGCCCAAGUUCUCAAAUAAGUAAUUCUCCUUUAACUUGGAUGUUGCUAGAUGGCAUAAAGCCGCCACCACCACCCCACUUACUCUUUAGUAUCUGGUCCUUUUGGGUUUUUAAUUCUCUUAACCCUGGGUGCUGCCGCUGCUUGUUCUUGCUGGAAAGUUAAGGCAGCAGUUCUGUCACUGGAGCACUACUGUUGGCCCUGGCAGUGACAUUGUACUACCUCCAUCAGGAGCUGAUAACAGGAUGUGCUUCUGUAUUGGCAGUGGCUUCCAAUGACUGAACUGGAAGAAGAGUUUGUCCUCCAGUGAUUGUUUCUGACAGUGGUCAUGAACGUGGAUGAAGGUUUGUUCCACCAUGACCACCUCCCAAUUCCCCUUAGAGAGGAUGGAUAUAUAUAUAUGUCUGAGGUCCAGUGCCUAUCUCUCUCUCCAUACCGAUCUCUUAGGGGACUUGGGAAGCAACAGUGGCAGGCCAAGAGGCAGCUAUGAUUGUAUGCAUCCAACGUACAUCGGUGCAGUUGGACGGAUAAGUAUUGGAUAGAGCCCAGAACCUCAGUCUGUCUCUCUCUGAUUCCACAGGUGUCUACCUCUGCCACAUGGCAGUAAGAAUAUCUUGUUUCUCUAGCAGACUUCAGUUAAUAAGGCAUUGGUACUUGUGCCCUGCUUUUUCUCCUGCAUUCUGUCCCCUGAGCAUUCCUUGAAUUUUUCUCGGGAUUAAAUUGGAGCUGCUUAUACAGGCACUAGAGAAGUAGGCCCAGAAGGCCACAUGUUGAACUGCGCACUCUACAAGAAGAAGAAAGUGUGUGCUGUCAUGUAGAAUUGAUCAGCAUCUCUGACACUGUCCUUUCCACCACUCCCAUUUUCCCUGGCAAUAAAGGAGUGGGAAUUCAGGGAUCCUUGCUGGCCCUCUAGCCAGCUCUUGUCAGCAAAGCCAAAAUCUGAUUAGUGUGACGUGAAUGUCUUGUUGGCACCUCAAGUGCAUUUCUCCUGGUCAAGGAAGAGAUGUUGGUGGCUGGUUAUUUAGGGAGAGGAGCCUACAGUAUGACCGUCUGGAUUGAGGGAGCCCCCCACCCCCAUGCUGAAAUCUCAGUGGGGUGUCUUAUGAAAGCAAACCUCCGGAAAAAUAUUGUUGUGCCACCUUUUCCAGUCCAACCAUUUUGCCAUAGGUUGGCACUAUAGCUUUCUUGAGAUGACAGAAGGGCAUGUCCUUCCCACCCCCAAAGAUAGCUGUACACUUUUCCAACAUACACUGAAUUAUUUACAAAUUUGAAGGGAAAAGGCAGUGUGCAAACCUGCUCAAAUAGAAAAUUUUCUUUACCUGAAUGCAUAUUACAUCUGUACAGAAGUAAAAGCCAUCAUUUUGCCAAAAGUGUUACAACUCUGAGUAUUGGGACAACUCAGGGAUCCCUUUCCUUUUAAGAUACGUUUAGAGACCACCACUGUAUUUUCCUUCAUGGCAGACAUUUUUCCUCUGAGCAUUCUUCUAAAAAGUGAAUAUAUGCCAUCUGAUUGCACUAAGGGUGGCAUCUGCAAUCUGUGUAGUAAAGGCUACCGAAUGCCUUUUGACACACCCACUGCUCUCCCCAGGGACCAAAAGAUGAUAUUGCACAGCUUGGCCAGUUGAUGCUGGUGGGGUGGGAGUGCUGCUUGGUGCUGUUCCAAUCCUUUGUCUUGUUCCUGGCUUACUGAAAGUUUUUUCCAGCAAUGGCUCAAGGUUGGUUCUGCUACAUCUUCCUCAGGAAUCCUCUCCUUUCUUCUCUAGAGCUCAGCUGUUUUUAUACUAAGGACAGAGUGGCUGGAUUUUCAGCAGACAUUCUCUGCUAGAACCCACUCUCUUAAUAAUGUAUUUGGCACUUCUUGCCUCUUUGCAGCUGUACAGAUGCCAAGGAUUUUCUUUUUACAUAAGCACAGUUAGAACAGUGGUGGAUGCUGCUAGUUCUUAGGUAACAAUGCACUUGUGUGUGUUCUUUUACUCACCCCUAUCAUCAGCAGGUUCCAUUCUUCCCAAGGCUUCAUAACUUCAAUGCAGAGGAUCUGAUUUUCUUAAAUCUUGCUUCUUGUUCUUUCCUAACUUUGUAUGUUGCCCUGAUUCCAAUAUGGGGACAUGGUACAGGCUUUACUCUAGUCAUUUAUACUGUGUGGGUGCGUGCGUGUGUGUGUGUGUGUGUGUUUAUGAAGAGGUCUCUUCCUUUUCAUUGGCCCUUGCUUGUUUCAUCUAAUGUAUCAGUUUCCAGGAUAUAGAAAUGGUACUGUCUCAAAUAGAUCUCUAUCCUUUGGAGCUGCCAUGGAUACCACAGGAUGGCCUUGGCCUCCAUCCGAGAACUAUCUUGCAUGUUUUAGAAAUGAAGACCUAUUAAUUUAGCAAGGUCAGGGCAUUUUUCCAGCUGGCCAACUCCAGACUGAGUUCAGCAAGAUUAUGUAAGCUUCUAAUGGAUUCUGUAAAUAGUUUGUACAAUAAAUAAAAUAUUUAAAAUA